AUGCCUCCUAAAACUAAAGGUUUGCUCGAGCGGCUAAAGGCUGGCGAGACCGUCAUCUGCGCGGAGGGAUAUCUGUUCGAGUUCGAGCGACGCGGUUACCUGAAGGCCGGGGCCUACGUACCGGAAGUGGUGAUAGAACACCCAGACUUGGUGAAAGGGUUGUACCGAGAGUUUGUACAUGCCGGAAGUGACGUAGUACUGGCAUUUACGUACUAUGGGCACCGUGAGAAGCUGCGGGUUAUCGGACGGGAGGCUGACCUGGAGACCAUGAACCGGACCGCCCUGAAGCUGGCCCGGGAGGUGGCAGACGAGACCGGCACACUGAUGGCGGGAAACAUCUGUAACACCACCGUGUUCGACCCCAACAUUCCCGCCACACGCGAAGAGUGCAUUACCAUAUUUAAGGAACAGAUCGAGUGGGCUGUGGAGGAGGGGGCGAACUACAUCGUGGCGGAGACUUAUGGGAUGGUGGCUGAGGCCAUGCUGGCGCUCGAGUGCAUCAAGAAGUACGGCAAAGGUCUCCCGGCGGUUGUGUGCAUGACGUUCCACAAAGACGCAGACCGGAGUGUGGACGGACACUCCCUGCUGGACUCCAUGCGCGCGCUGGAGGAGGGUGGGGCCGCCGUGGUGGGACUCAACUGUGGACGGGGUCCCUUCACCAUGCUGCCGCUGGUGGAGAGGAUCAGGGAUGAAAUCAAGGUUCCCGUCGCUGCUCUGCCCGUGCCGUACCGUUGUGACGAGCUAAGGCCGACCAUGCAGUCUCUGGUCAACCAUAAAGGAGAGCGAGCCUUUCCUGUGGACCUGGACGCGUUCCUGUGCAGCCGCACCAUGAUCGCAGAGUUCGGGCAGCGCUGCCGGGAGCUGGGGCUGCAGUACGUGGGGCUGUGCUGUGGGAACGCCUCGCACUUCACCCGGACCCUGGCCGAGUCCCUGGGCCGAACUCCGCCCGCCAGCAAGUAUUCUCCCGACAUGAGUCAGCACUUCGCCUACGGGACCGACAAGAAGCUCCACAAUCUCAACACAGAGAAAGCUGGCGAGACCGUCAUCUGCGCGGAGGGAUAUCUGUUCGAGUUCGAGCGACGUGGUUACCUGAAGGCCGGAGCAUUCGUACCGGAAGUGGUGGUGGAACAUCCGGAGCUGGUGAAGGGGAUGUACCGGGAGUUUGUACACGCCGGAAGUGACGUAGUGUUGGCAUUCACGUACUAUGUACACCGUGAGAAGCUGCGGGUUAUCGGACGGGAGGCUGACCUGGAGACCAUGAACCGGACCGCCCUGAAGCUGGCCCGGGAGGUGGCAGACGAGACCGGCACACUGAUGGCGGGAAACAUCAGCAACACCACCUGCUACGAUCCGGACAAGCCAGAAACGCACGAACAAAGUCGUCAGAUUUUCAAGGAACAGAUAGAGUGGGCUGUGGAAGAGGGCGCAGACUUCAUUGUUGGAGAGACCUACGGAUUUCUCGGAGAAGCCAUGCUAGCCCUGGAGUGUAUCAAAGAGUACGGAAAGGGGCUUCCAGCGGUGGUGACCAUGGUGAUACACCGGGACGCAGACCAUGUGGCGGACGGGAACUCCAUAGUCGAUGCCAUGAAGGCGUUGGAGAAGGCCGGCGCUGCCGUGGUGGGGUUCAACUGCGCCCGGGGACCUUUUACUACUCUUCCACUGGUGGAGAAAGUCAAGGGACAAAUCAAGGUACCGGUCGCCGCUCUGCCUGUGCUUUACCGGACUGACGAAGAACACCCGACCAUGCAGUCCUUCACUAACUACAAAGGUUCCCGAGCCUUUCCCGUGGACCUUGACGCGUUCCUGUGCAGCCGCACCAUGAUCGCAGAGUUCGGCCAGCGCUGCCGGGAGUUGGGGCUGCAGUACGUGGGGCUGUGCUGUGGGAACGCCUCGCACUUCACCCGGACCCUGGCCGAGUCCCUGGGCCGAACUCCGCCCGCCAGCAAGUAUUCCCCCGACAUGAGUCAGCACUUCGCCUACGGGACCGACAAGAAGCUCCACAAUCUCAACACCGAAAAAGUCGUCAAGCUUUUGUAACAAACCUAACUGCUUUCUUCCAACCUGAAGAUUGAUGGUUUACUGCAAAAAAUAUUCUAUUGCACGCCAUCAAUGG